AUGAACCUGCCUUUCCGUCCGGCGCUGAAGCGUCCUGCCGACGCACCUGAUGCUCACGAAGACCGCAAGACUAAGCGUGCUCGCGAAAGCCAUGACUCAGACCAAUCAAAACCAGGAGAUACCCCAGUGCAUGAGUGCCUCUUGCUCAAAACCCCCAAGUUCUUCGCGAAGGCUUACAUAGCCGGACUCGAGAGUCGGCGUCAGGAGCCACAUGAUCUAGACCAGGAUCAAGUUAGCUCUCGAAUGAGCGCGCGUGACCGCCGAGAUAUCUCCCGAUCCGCACUGCGCCCUCAAGGUCACCGUGCACGUAUGACCGCACAUAAAGCCAAGAGCCCCAAUGCACAGCCCGUUCCGCAAACGACCUCUACGCCUAAGCUGAAGACCGAAGACUUCGGAGACCGCAUCGACUUCCUGAACUUCGGAUACGAUGAUUUCGAGCCCAAGACACCAGAGGAGAGGUUGAUGAAGUAUCGAGCCGAUGUUGAGUUGUCAAAAGUGCAUGCGAAGCGCUACAAGCUUAUGGCAGAUCGCAAAUCGAAAAGCUUCUAUUCCGACGAGGUACAGCGUCGGAAGAACGGAACUGGAGACAGCCUCGCCUUCCUGAAAGAAUAUGACGAAAUAAAGCCCAAGACGCCGGAGGAAAAGCUGAUGAAGCUUAAGGCUGAUGUGAAAUUCUCGAAGACACAUCAGGAUCGGUACAGGUUCAAAACUGCCGAGCUGCUGUUCGAGGGUAGAGCGAUAUUCGCGCAGCUCAUGGUGGAUGUUGAGGAGUCUCGAUUGAAGAUCAGACGGGAAGCUGCUGCGGCUGCAAAUUCGAAAGCUACCUCGUCAUCGUCUGAGGAUCAUGACCAUGGAACAGAAGCUUUUCAGGGUUAG